AUUCUUGAUUGAAUAAUGUGUCUCGUCCCCAGAUGGCUAGUACGCGUAGUGGAAGACGUUCAGGGCGGCGAGCUGUGCACGAGGCAGGGCUACGUACCCGCUCACGUUCUAAAAGAGAAGCUGCAGGAGCGGGAUCAGACGGCGCUGGCUGCGAGGAGGCAGGCAGUGGUUCGUGAACUGAUCGAGACUGAAGAGGAAUUCGGGCGAGACAUACAGCAAGUUGUCAACCGCUACAUGCGGCCCAUGGACAAAGCCACGACCCCUAAAGUAGUCUUCGACAACCGGGAGCUACUGUUCUCAAACUUCAAGCAAAUUUGCGAGUUCCAUAAUACGAGUUUACUAGAGGGCAUCAAAUAUUACGCUGGUGAGCCGAAAAUGCUUGGCCGCGCAUUACUCCGAAUGGAACGUGAGUUCGACAAGCAUGUCGCUUACUGUCGCGACGAACCACGUGCUCAGCACUUGCUCAAAAAUGAUCCAGUUGUCUCGAAAUAUUUUAAGGCUUUGGCAGAUAAACUUGGUGACGACAAAGGCUUAACUGAGCACCUCAAGCUUCCCAUCCAAAGGAUCAACGAUUACCAACUCCUUUUAAAGGAAUUAGUAAAAUAUUCAAAGCGUCUCGGCGACGAUUGCACUGAUCUCCAGAAAGCCUUAGAACUAUUCCUCGGGGUCCCAACUCGCGCCACUAAUAAUAUAUUUAUCGCUAGCAUCGAAGGAUACCGCGGGAAUAUCUACAAGCUUGGUAGAUUGCUGACCCACGACUGGUUCACCGUUGAUUACGACGGAGAACCUAAGAACCACUACGUCUUCCUUUUCAAAGCGAGGAUCUUAAUUUGCGAGGUUCAGAAAAUUGCAGAAGACAGAUCGAUCUUUGUCCUUAAACACAUUGUCAAGCUCCCAGAAGUGGAAAUUAAAGAUCAUCCAGACACUACCAAGUUCGAACUUCAUCAAAAAGAUCCAACAUUAAUUUUUAAAUUUAAAGCUCACAAGGAGUCAGUGAAAACCGCUUGGUUACGGGAAAUCCGACAACACGCCAGUGAUUUAGUCGCUCUAGCAGAACACGCAGCUGACGAUUUACAAGUACUACCACAAGAAGAAAUAGUAGAGGAACAUCCAGAAGAGAAAAGAAAAAGAGAGUCAGAACACCAAGUGGAAGAGAGGCAAGAGAAAAAAUCCCGCGUUGAAGAUCUUGAAGUUACGCAAGUUACUUCUAGAGCAGAAUCGCUUCAGAUUCUUAAAAGUAAACGAAAAGCGUCUUCUGAAGGGGAGCAAGCGAUAAAAAUAUCUAAAGGUGAAGUAACAGAAGUAUCAUCGAUCGAAGAAGUUCAAGAAGCACAGAGUAGUGUAAGUACUAUUGAAAACGAAGUCACAACUAAUUUAGACUCUAAAUCAUUUGUGACACAAAUCAGUGAAAAGGAAUUGGCCACUUCUCAGUCACAAGUAAUCCAACAAACAGUUGAAGCUAGUAAUAAUUCGGUUUCUGAAGUAAGUGCUCAAAAGAAAACCACUAUUUUAGCGGCUGAAGUCGCUCAAAAAGAACUUGUACAGUGUAGUGACGGCGCAAGUAAGACAGUCGUAAAAGGUGAGAUAGAAACUAAAUCUUCAUCUGAACAAACUGCUAGUCUCAUUGUUGAAGAUUCUUUCGCAGCAGAAAAUAAAGUAACUGACGAAAAAUCAGUGAAAGAAUCUGUAACUUACAAUCGUCAAGUAACUGAGACAAGUGAAAUCAGUCAAAAAGCUGAGGUAACUCAAGAAAAGAUCCAAGAGGAAACAUCAACAUCAGAAGUUCAAUCUGUAUCAAACACAAAAUUAUUAAAUGUCAAGUCCUCUGAAUCAUCUACUUCAGAAACAGUCCAGACUGUGAAACAAGAUAACGCGGCAGAAAUAACAUCGGCAAAAGAAGAAACGAAGGCAAGUUCUCUGAAAAAUCUAUCUGUAAACUUAACUGCAGAAAGCGCAGUAGUUGAAGAAAAAUUACAACAAAUCGUCGAACAAACUCAAGAAUCUAUAUCUUACAGUCGCCAAACAUCUGAAAUUUCCGUCGAAGAAUCAAAAAAUACAGAAAUAUCGGAAGUUAAAAGUGAGCAGAGUGUAAAAAAAGAAACAGAUAAAGAUACCCAUUCAUCUAUUUCUCGGAAAGAUUCGGCGAAAUCUAAAAGUAACACAAAAGCUGUAUCUGAGGAUAAAGAAAACAUCCAACCCGUUGGUAAUUUGACAGAGAAAAGUGUUGAAAAAACUCAAAUUGAAACAACACAAAACGGAAAAACAUCAGAACUUCGUAAAAGCGUCAAAUCUAAAAGAGCAGAAAAAGUUGAAGUUUUAAAGAAGAGUGAAGAAAACGUCGAAGAAAAAACAAAAACGACAACAGAGACCGUUGAUCACGAGAAAAGAGUUGAUCAAACUGCAGAAGAGUUUGGACAAAAAGUUUCAGAAAGUGGUCAAACUGUAACGACAGGAGAGUCAGUAGAGACAGCCUUAAUAAAGAGUCAAACUGUAACCGCGGAAGAGGAAGACGGAGAGAUGUCGAGAUACAGCCGCAGUUCGCGGCUUUCUGGAGAGUACUCCAGCAGCAGUCGCAAGUUGUCAAGUGGCGGACGCUAUGAAUCAUCUUACGAUUCUUCUGGUUUGUCUUCUUACCGACGCGAAAGUGGCUCACGCCUAGAAAGUUCAUUGUACGAGGCUGGAGGUGCUGUUGAAGGGUCAGCCUCUUCGAAAUAUGAGUCUAAGUACUCCUCCAGCAGGACCGAAGGUGGUUCUAAGUACGGCAUCGAAUCAAGUUACGAUACCAAGGCGGGAUCUAAAUAUACCAUAGAAUCAUCACUGGAAUCUGAAAGCAAGUUGGAUAGUAUCGCGUCUAAGUACGGUAUCGGUUCCAACACUGAAGCUAAAGUCGAGGGAAGAAGCAGUAAAUAUAGCAUCGAAACUAGUUACGAUGGCAACGCCACUGAUACUACCAGCAAGCUUGAUAGUAUUGCCUCCAAGUAUGGCUUGGGAACUAAUAGUGAGACUAUUGUCGAAGGACGAUCCUCCAAGUACACUGUUGAAGGCAGCUAUGACGGCAACGCUGAAGACACCACCAGCAAGAUUGACAGCAUCGCUUCUAAAUAUGGUCGUAAUUCAAUCACUGAUAGCGCCAAGAUCUCAAGCCGCUCUACUAAACUAAACAUCGAGACCAGCUACGAUGGCGAUAUCAACGGAGAAUCCAAAAUUGAGUCGAGUUACACGAAGAUCAAAAAUGGUGACAAAACUUCCGAGAAAAAAUACUCCAAGACAGCUAUUUCUAAUGGCUCCAUUACAGAGGAGCGUGGAUCAACCAAAUCAAUCUUCAAAUCAGAAUCCUACGAUGGCAAACCGAUUUUCACCAAGACCCUCGAAGGCCAAAACAUCGAGCCUGGCGAAAACGCGAUCUUCGAAUGCGCGCUGCAGGAAGACGACGCGAAGGUGACGUGGCUGAAGGACAACAAACCGUUCAGCGAUAGGCUGAUGGACCGGGUCGUAAUGCGGGACCGGGAAGGGCGCUACCGCCUCGAAGUUCUACACUGCAGAGAAGACGACUCAGGCGUAUAUACCGCAAGAGCGGAAAACGUAAAGGGCAACGCACAUUGCACCGCUCAGUUAGUGGUCCACGAGUUGACACCAGAGGAAAGAAAACAAAAGAAUGCUCUCAACGCGCCAUACUUUUUGGUCGCGCUUAAGGAUACUGAAAUUAUGAUGAACACUUACCUACGGUUCAUGGUCAAGGUCAAGGGCAACCCUAACCCUGAGGUCAAAUUCUAUCGUGACGGUAAGGAGAUUAAGUUAUCGUCAUCUGAGGAGCGCGUCACCAUCGUACGUACCCUCGCCGACCGCGGUUGUUACGAACUGGUGAUUGCCGAUGUACAGACUCAGGACGCUGGUCGCUACUCAUGCCGCGCCAUUAAUGAGUAUGGUGACGUCACUUCCGAGGCCCUAGUCACUGUUGUCGAUGAUAAGAACAUAUUUGGUGAACUGGCCCCGGGCGGAGAAGGUCUGCUCGCGAAAGGAGAGAAACCCACGUUCACAUGGAAGAAGGAUGGUGAAAGCUACGACCCUGAAGAGAGGUUCAAGGUGUUGCUUGGAGACGAUGAAGACUCAUUGGCGCUGGUGUUUCAACAUGUCAAGCCGGAAGACGCUGGUCUCUACACAUGUGUUGCCAAAACCAGCACUGGAAACAUUUCCUGCUCAGCCGAGCUGACGGUACAAGGAGCUGUGAACAUCCUACACCGUGAGCCACAGAAGCCGCAGCUGGUGAUUGAGCACCGCGAAGCCAUAGUCUCCAGCGGAGGUUCAGCAAUGCUGGAGCUGGUCUGCAAGGGCUACCCCAAGCCUACUGUCGUAUUCAAACAUGAAGGCAAGGUUAUAGAAGCUGACACUAGGCAUAAGUUCCUCCAUGAAGACGACGAGAGCAUGUCCCUGGUUAUCAAGAACGUGACAUCGGCAGAUGCCGGCGAGUACCACGUGACCGCGUCCAACGACCUCGGCGAGGACACGACUGUCAUGAAUCUCGUGGUCAAGGCUCCGCCCAAGAUCAAGAAAAAAAUAGAAAACCAGACUUGCAUGGCUGGUUCUACCCACGAAGUCAUCAUCGAAGUUGAAGGCUCUCCAUCUCCCGAUGUCACCUUUUAUAAGGACGGUGUCGAAAUCAAGUCCUCAGAGAGGAUCACCAUCGUGAAAGAAUCAGAAGAGAUUUACAAGAUCAGCAUCAAAGACACCAAGUUGACUGACACUGGCUCUUAUUCUGUUGUUGCCAAGAACGAGGUGAACCAGUGCUCGGACUUCUGGCAGUGGCAUGUGACGUCACCGCCCAAAAUCUUAAAGAAGCUGGGCGAGGAUCGCUCUUGUGAGGAAAAGGAGAGCGUCACCUUUGAAGUGCGCACCGAAGCUGAGCCCGCACCCACUGUCACUUGGUAUAAAAACAAAACGGAACUGAAGGAGUCCUCGCUCGUCAAGAUCUCAUCAUCGGGCGAGGCUCACAAGCUGGUGAUCACGUCAGCUGCGCGAGCUGACUCCGGAGAGUACUCGUGCGAGAUCCGCAACGUCCACGGCAGCGCGAGCGACUCGUGCGUGCUGAACGUGCGGCGCGCGCCGAGCUUCACGCGCCGCCUGCAGGACGCCGCGGCCGCGGAGGGGGACGUCGCCGUCGAGUUCACCGUCGACGUGGACGCCUACCCGCAGCCGGAUGUCAAAUGGUACUUGGGUGACGUGGAGAUAACUGAAAAGAAGUCUAUAUACACUCGCGUGGAUAAUGGCAGUUCGCACAAGCUGAUACUGAAGGAGGUGUCUGCGGAACUCUCCGGGAGGUACACGUGCAAGGUGACCAAUGAGCUGGGAGAGGACUCCUGCCAAGCUACCUUCACUGUCAAUAGAAAGCCUCGUAUCACCAAGAGUCUGGUGGACAUGACAGUAGACGUGGGUCAAACAUUGAAGCUGGAGGUGGAAGUAGAAGGCUGUCCAGAGCCGAAGGUCAAGUGGUACAAAGAUGGCAAGGAGGUCACGACUGACGCCAGAAUAAAAAUUGAAAGAGAUACCCAAAGGCUAGAGAACUACUUCCUAACGGUAACGCUGGUAAAAGAAGAAGACGGCGGAGAGUACGAGGUACGCGCGGAUAACGAGAUGGGUAGCGUGUCCAGCAAGAGUACUGUCACAGUGCAUACUAAAGAAGUUCACUCGAGAUUCAAAAAGGAAAGUUUAGUUGAAAAUGAAAUUGAGGAAGAAAACAAAGCAAAGAAACAGCUAAUCGAUGAUAUAGAGGAUGCAACAGCAAAGAAAACUGCAAAAAAAGACAAAACCAUACCUGAAACAGCUGAAGAGAAAUCUUUAGUAGAUGAAAUCGAUACAAAAGCCAAAACAGUCUUAUUGGAAGAGGUGGAACAACAACCUCCAGAUAAACCUAAGAAAUCUUUGACUGAGCCUGAAUUAAUUGAGGAAAAGUCGUUCUGGGACGACGUUGACGAUGGUGGAAAAAUCAAACAAGUCAAAGUAGAUAACGUUGAACUGACAGCUGAGAAAUCUCGAACUGAGCCUGAGACUGUAGAAGAAAAGUCAUUCUGGGAUGAUGUAGACGAUGGAAAUAAAAUCAAACAAGUUACAGUUGAAAACAUCGAAGCGACAGCACAGAAGUCACGUACUGAGCCUGAGACUAUAGAGGAAAAGUCAUUUUGGGAUGAUGUAGACGACGGAGGUAAAAUCAAACAAGUCAAAGUAGAUAAUAAUGAAGCAACACCAAAGAAAGCCAGAAAAUCAAUAACAGAACCAGAAAUUGCUGAAGUCAAGGUUUGGGAUGAAAAUCAUAAUGAACAAAUUAAAAAGCCCACAGUUGAAGAGGUCAAGACCGAGGCACAAAAGGGAGAAAAAGAAACCACUAAACCAGAACAGAUUGAAGAAGUGCCUAUCGACGACGAAUUAAAAUCACCAAAACGCAAGUCCAUUAAAAAACAAACAGUUAUUGAAGAACCAAUGAGUGCCGAAAGUGAAGGUAAAAAACGUGCUUUGAGCUUCUCAAACAGCAAACAGCUUCUAAACUGCAAACUCACGUUUUUCACAGUGUCGCAUGCCCUUUCGGGCGACGAUGGUUCGAUUAUUGUAUCUAAAGUGAGCAGCACGCGAUCUCACGGCGCCAUUAUCACAGGUCCAGCCGAAACGCGCACUUUACACAAAAUGACCUCGAGUGCCAUGUAUUAUGACGAUGAUGACGAAUGCGAAAGAAAGAUUUUGAAACCGAAUACACCCCAUACGACAUCCUUAGAAGUUGAGGAAAUCGCAAGUCAUAGCUAUUAUCUAUCUGAAAUGGGGUAUUAUACUAUACCUGAUCAUGUAAGGAGAGGUACAUACGGUAUUAUCGAGGAACCGCAGACUGAUUCCGAUGCGGAAACUAAUUCAAGACACGGUAAACAAAUUGGCUCUAGGACCAUUUCUAUCAUGUCAAUGUCAGAGGACGAGAUGAGUUGGCGCAACGAUUCACUAUCACGUGAAAUAUCUAUAGAAGAUCUUUCAAAAUCUAUAUUUGAUAUAGACGAAACGAAAAAAGUUUUUAGCAAAGACUCAUACGUGCGUCAAUCUUCGUUCAAGGAAGAUUAUUUCACAGAUGAAGGUGACGAGGAAUCUGUAAUAUUGAAAGAGAAGAGCCAAAAAAUAUUUGAAAAUGACAUCACAGAAAAACUUCUACACAUAUCGAAAGAAUUUAACGACAACGAAUUCAAAAACGUCGAAAAGAAAAUGAACGAUGUAAAGAAUCGUAUCAUAGAAGAACUAGUUUUAGGUCCUAUGAAAAACGUUGAUAACAUAACUAAAGACGUGGCAGAAACUACAGUUGAGAGAAGGAAAAAGACGAGCACUGGUUUGUUUAGUGUCGAAGAGGAGGCAGACGGUGACAUAGAAGAACUUUUAAGACGUAGUCAAAGACAAAGAAGCAUUUUAGACGAUAUAAUUAACCAGGAAGAUGAAAAAGCACCUCCUAAACUCAAAGAGAGCAGCAUGAAGGAUGGACACACGUAUGAAUCCCUACCUAUGGUCUACACAGUUGAAGCUUCUGGUACUCCUAAGCCCACUGUCCGCUGGCUCCUUAACGGCGAAGAGGUGAAACCAAAUGGUAGAAUCCACGUUUCCAACAUUGGCGAUCUUUACAAGCUGGAGAUCGAUAAAGUGGAAUUGAAAGAUGCUGGAAAUUGGCAAUGUGAAGUUAUCAACAAUCUUGGCAAGCAGACGCUACAAGCUGAACUGACAGUUUCGCCCGUGGCUGAACUUCGCAAGCCUAUCUUCACUGCUCCACUGGAAGCUACUCGCGUGAUGCAACGCGAACCAGUAACGAUGAAAGCAGUGUGCACUGCUGACCCACUGCCGCACGUAGCUUGGCUGCUCAACGGUAAAGAACUGACCCCGGACGUGACUCUCCAAAUGAACACCGACAGCAAGGAGUUGGAACAUGGCAUUAAGGAGUGUACAUUUACCCUGCAUUUACCUUCUAGUCUUCACGCAGACACAGGUAUAUAUACUGUACAAGCCAAAAACCAAUACGGUAUUGGUGAAAGUUCAGCGCGCCUCGACAUUCUGUUGCGACCUGAGGUGGAGCCCCUGAAGGACAUCACAGUUGUACCAUACGAGGAGACCACAUUCAUCACUAAGAUUAAAGCAAAUCCUGUAGCUGAAAUCAAAUGGAGCAAAGAUGGUUACGUCAUUAAACCAUCAGAGCGUCAUGAAAUCAUCGAAGACCGAGAGAAAGAAACCUUUAAGCUUGUUAUAAAGGACGUAAAGAUAGAAGACGCUGGACAAUACUCCGUCACAGCCAAAAACGAGAUUGGAGAAACCACCCAGCAGGCUAAACUUAAUGUUCACACCGAUAAGCCAACAUUCGUGCGUCCACUCCAAAAACAAAUCGUAAAAGAUUACGAUGAUUUAACGCUGCGGGUGCGUUGUGACGGUGUGCCCAAACCUCAGGUGAAAUGGUUCCUUAACGGUAAGGAGAUCGUCAAUGACGAACGACACACCAUCACAACUCAAGUUGGCGGACAAGUGGACAGUGAACUGGAGAUCAAGCACUUCGAUUCUAGCGAUGCUGGCAAGUACACAGUACGUGCAAUGAGCGCAUCGGGAGAGGCGGAAUGUGAAGCGAUGAUCACUCUCGGACAAAUCCCGCCGGGUUUCUCGCACAAACUAGAUCGGCAAAAAGAUGUGGACGAAGGAGAGCUCUUGGAACUUAAGGCUAAAGUUGACGGCAGUCCCAUACCUACUGCGAAAUGGUUCAAAGACGGAGUACCACUAUCUCCAGAGGAUUCACAUGUGAAGCAAACAGCGUUACCUGAUGGAACGGUGAAGUUGAACAUCGAGCACGUGACUCCAGCAGAUUGUGGUGCCUACAAACUUGUCAUUACCAAUCCUAGCGGGGAACAUAUGGCCUUGUGCGCUGUUGCUGUAAACCCAACACCACGUAAACCUUCAUUCAGCCAAGAAUUAGAAGAUACUAAAGCGGUUGUUGGUCAACCAUUACAGUUGCAAGCCAGGGUCAUGGCAUUCCCCGCACCUGAAGUCAAGUGGUUUAAGGAUGGCGUCCCAGUCCGCCCAAGCCAGGCAGUGAGCUUCAUCAACACACCUGGUGGCGUUGUUGGACUUAGCAUUGACAGCUGUCGUCCUGAAGACGCUGGAACCUACUCGCUCACCGUCACCAACAGGCUUGGUGAGGUCGAAUCGAAAGCCAAAGUUGAGGUUGGUCAGAAAGAACGUAAGCCAGCAUUUAUAGCCGAGUUGCAACCCGCUACAGUAAUAGAAGGUUUCCCUGUCAAGUUAGAAGUUAAAGUACUUGGACACCCGCCACCUACGAUUAAAUGGACGCACGACGGCAAGGAGCUGGUCCCGGACGGUCAGCGCGUGCGCGUGGUGUCGCAAGCGGACGGCUCGCACGCGCUAAUGCUCGCCGAGGCGCACACACCCGACGCCGGCCGCUACGGCGUCGUCGCCGUCAACGACAGGGGCGAGAGCGCCUGCGAGGCCGAGCUCACUGUAGCUGGCCGUGAAAAUACAUCUGCACCACAAGAGCGUCCUCAAUUCAUCCACGGUCUUCGUGAGGUGACGGGUGAGGAAGGACAGCCCUUGACUAUCAGCGCGCCAUUCACCGCCAACCCUAUACCUCAGGUCACGUGGACCAAAAAUGGACAGCCACUGCAACCGAACGAGAGGGUUUUGCUUACUUGUGAUGGAAAGAAGGUUGGUUUGGAAAUCAAUCCGUUGGAACUACCAGACGCUGGUGUAUACUCGGUGAAACUAGUGAACCCUCUAGGAGAAGACUCUUCCGAAGGCAAGCUCAACGUACGAAAGGUCUUCCAACCGCCUCGAUUCACGCAGAAGUUUACUGAUUUACAACAGCUUCCGACAUUCGACGCCAAGUUCCCAGCACGGGUGACAGGAGUACCAUCACCAGAUAUCACUUGGUACAAGAACGGAGUUCCUCUCAAACCAUCCGACAAGUACUCCAUCAAACGCGAUGGGGACUCUUGCUGUUUGUAUGUAAGGGACAUCACGCUAGAUGAUGCGGGUCAGUACAAGUGCGUGGCAAAGAACAAGGAAGGGGAAGAUAGCUGUGAAGCGGCUUUGGAGGUUGUUGACAAGAUCGGACGCAAACAAAAAGUAGAGCCACCGUCGUUCUUAAAGAAGAUAGGAGACUCAGAGGUUUACCGAGGUCUCAGCGCCAAAUUUACGGCCUGCGCAACUGGAACGCCUGAGCCGGAAGUUGAAUGGUUCCGCAACAACGAGAAACUGUUUCCCAGUGAACGUAUUCGCAUCGAACAAGAAAGCACUGGCUUGCUAAGGCUGACCAUCGGCGGUGUGGGGCCGGAGGAUGUGGCGACCUACAAGUGUAGAAUAUUCAAUCCACACGGCGAAGACUCCUGCACCGCGCAACUUAUUUACGACACCUUGGAGCCUCAAAGCGGCAAGAAGCCCAUUUCUGAACAAUACAGCGACUUCGACAAAAUGAAGAAGACUGGUGUGCCGAUGCCGCUAACAGAUAAACCGAUCAUAUCUCGUAUGGCAGACCGACACCUGACUCUAUCCUGGAAGCCGUCCAUUCCCCACCAGCCAAGAUUCCCUGUCACCUAUCAGGUGGAGAUGUGUGAAGUACCAGACGGCGACUGGUUCACGGCGCGUACAGGUCUUCGCUCGUGUGUGUGUGACAUUCGAAACCUAGAACCUUUCCGCGACUACAAGUUCCGCGUGCGUGUCGAGAACAAAUAUGGUGUCUCCGACCCAUCUCCAUACGCUAUCACCCAUCGCGCUAAACUCGAACCUGACCCACCCAAGUUCGUGCCAUAUCUCGAACCGGGUAUCGACUUUCGACCAGAGACAUCACCCUAUUUCCCCAAAGACUUCGACAUCGAGCGUCCACCUCACGAUGGGUACGCCCAAGCACCCAAGUUCCUCCGUCAGGAAUACGACUCGCAAUACGGCGUAAAGGGCCACAAUGUGAACUUAUUCUGGUUCGUGUACGGUUACCCGAAACCUAAGAUGACGUAUUUCUUCAACGAUGAACCGAUUGAGAUUGGCGGCAGAUACGACUGGAGUUAUACGAGGAAUGGACAGGCUACAUUGUUUAUCAACAAGAUGCUAGAACGCGACGUGGGCUGGUACGAAGCGGUCGCGACGAACGAGCACGGCCAGGCGCGCCAGCGCGUCCGCCUGCAGCUCGCGGAGUUCCCGCACUUCAUCCGGCGGCCGGAGGAGAGCGUGGUGCUGCAGCGGCGCCUGGCGCGGCUGGAGGCGCGCGUGGCCGGCGUGCCCUUCCCCGACGUCAAGUGGUACCGCGACUGGCAGCCGCUGGCGCAGAGCUCCAGGGUCAAGAUGCACUUCAUCGAACCCGACACCGUAGUGCUGACCAUCAGCGAUGUGAUGCUGAAGGACGAGGGUCUGUAUUCGGUGUCUGCCCGCAACGUGGCGGGCUCUGCGAGCGCCUCCGCCAUGCUCUACAUCGAGGAGAGUGAACACGAGUACUCUGCUAGGAUUCGCGAGUACCCUCCUCGCAUCAAGCCAAGCUCAAAACCAUUCGGCGACUUCUACGAUUUGGGAGACGAACUGGGUCGCGGAGUUCAGGGCGUCGUCUACCACGCCGCGGAGAGAACAAGCGGUCGUAAUUACGCCGCUAAGAUAAUGCACGGCCACUCGGAACUGAAGCCGUUCAUGAAGAAUGAGCUGGACAUCAUGAACAUGCUGAACGACAGACACUUGAUCCGUCUCUACGACGCGUACGAACAUGACCACACGCUGGCGCUUGUGACUGAAUUGGCAGCAGGCGGGGAGCUUGUCAGAGAUCGCCUGUUGCGCAGUCAAGGCUACACGGAAAGAGAAGUGGCGGGCUAUGUGCGACAGAUGCUCAGAGGACUCAAGCACAUGCACGACAACAGCGUGGCUCAUCUGGGGCUCACUAUCGGCGAGCUAUUGCUCUCACACGCUGGCAGCGAUCUCCUAAAGAUUUGUGACUUUGGUCUCUCCCGCCGCAUUCAGAUGAACAAGUACGCGUCGCUGGACUACGGCAUGCCCGAGUUUGUGUCACCCGAACUGGCGAAUGGAGAGGGCGUGUCUUUUGCAUCUGAUAUGUGGAGCGUGGGCAUUAUUACCUACAUCCUGCUGAGUGGCCACUCUCCCUUCAGAGGAGCUAACGACCGCGAAACGUUGACCAAUAUCCGUGGUGGUUCAUGGUCAUGGCACGAUGAGGAAUGGUGGUCGCGAUUCAGCUCAGAAUGUAAAGACUUUAUCUCGCGACUUCUAGUGAUGCGCUGGCAGGACCGUCUCGAUAUAGAUUCCGCAUUGGCUCAUCCAUGGCUGCUGCGUGCAGACAAAGUGUACCAAGAUGAGUACAUAAUCAGGACAGACAGGUUGAGGAAUUACUACAAUCAGUACAGAGACUGGAUGAGCAAUGCCCAGUGUCGUACAUGGUUCCGUCGUCGGCCAUUAAGUGGUGCCUUCGAACAUCCUUCGAAGAUGGUCUACCCUCCUGGUGAAAUAUACACUCCAGAGGGAACUCCAGAACGUGAUCGCGCAUCGCACGAGAGGAAACCUGGAGACUGGGAUAUCAAGUUCAAACAGUGGGAGCAUCCUGACUGGGAGGUGUCUGCCACAUCUGAGAGCCACUACCAAAACGGUCCUGACACAUACCUGCUACAGCUGCGUGACACUCAGUUCCCAGUUCGUUUGCGUGAAUAUAUGAAGGUGGCAUGCAUUCGCUCACCUGGGUACAGUCUUAGCAUCCAGGACUCUUAUGACCCAAGAACUCCAAUCAUUCGUGAACGUCGUCGCUUUACCGACAUCAUGGACGAAGAAAUCGAUGACGAGAGACGCGAAAGAAUCAACAACUACGGCUCUGAAAGUUACACUAUCCGUCGUCUCCGACACGAACUUGGAACCAGACUCGACAGCUAUGCUGAAGCGCAGGCUUUUAUGGAGUCUAAAAAGGACGGGCAGUUGCCUUUCUUCAGAGAGAAGCCACAAAUCCUUCCAGUUCAAGAAGGCGAAACGGCGCAACUCUCCUGCUACGCUGUGGGCGAUCCUAAACCAGUCAUCCAGUGGUUCAAAAAUGACAUGGUUAUUGCAGAAGGACAACGCAUCAAAAUCAUCGAAGAUGAGGAAGGAAGGUCCACACUCAAAUUUGACCCUGCUAUGCAUCACGAUAUAGGAUUCUACAAAGUAGUUGCCAGGAACAAAGUUGGACAAACUGUUGCACGAACGAGAAUCGUAGAGGCAACUAACCCGGAUGCACCCGAUAGCCCGACAGCUAUUGAAGUGUCGGACACGGAGGUACUCUUGCGAUGGAAGCAACCUAAGUAUGACGGCAACUCUCCUGUUGUUUGCUACAGCCUCCAAUACAAAAAAGGUGACAGUGUAGAAUGGAAAACAGUCGCCGAAAAUAUCGACCACGAGUUCUUUGUCAUUAGAGACCUCGAACCUGACACCAGCUACCAGUUUAGGCUAUCCUCUCGCAACAGAAUAGGAUGGAGUGAUAAAGGAAUACCGACAAGUCUAGUCAAGACUAAAGAGGCCGGAGCACCGAAAGUUGAGGUCACAAAGGCGAUGAGGCAUCUACAACAGAUGACAGAGUCGGGACAAGAGAUAGUUUUAGAUGAAGAUAGACCUAAAUUGGAUUAUUCAACAGAAGAAAACCCGAUUGAUUGGGAUACGACACAAAAUAUUACGGAUCGCUACACGUUUAUAUCAGAACUCUGGCGAGGAAAAUUCUCGAUCGUUUUGAAAGGCGUAGAUAAGAUGACUGAUGAUGUUGUCGUGGCGAAAAUAUUAGAAGUUAGACCGGAAACUGAAAUCCAAGUCCAGAGAGAAUUCAAUUGCUUAAGAAAGCUGAGGCACGAAAGAAUAUCGAAUUUAUUAGCAGCUUAUCAGAUACCAGGGUCGCCUAAUGCGGCCCUCGUUCUAGAAAAAUUGCAGGGUGCUGACGUAUUAACAUAUCUGUCAAGUCGCCACGACUACACAGAACAGAUGGUAGCCACAAUAAUAACACAAGUGUUGGACGGUCUGCAUUACUUGCACUGGCGAGGAUAUUGUCACCUGGACCUUCAGCCCGAUAACGUCGUGAUGGCUUCGGUUCGGUCCAUUCAAGUUAAGCUUAUAGACUUCGGAUCAGCCCACAGAGUAACCAAAUUAGGAACCAGUGUGCCACAAGUUGGUGAUUUGGAAUACAAAGCGCCGGAAAUCAUAAACGAUGAGGCAGCAUACCCACAGACAGACAUCUGGUCACUGGGUGUACUGACUUACAUUCUACUAUCCGGAACUUCACCUUUCCGAGGAGCUGAUGACGCGGAAACCAAACAGAACAUCUGCUUCGUGAGGUAUCGCUUCGAGCAUCUCUAUAAAGAGAUUACUCAGGAGGCGACUCGGUUCCUCAUGCUGGUGUUCAAGAAGGUUCCACUGAAACGGCCGACGGCCGAAGAAUGCCACGAACAUCGCUGGCUCGCGCAUUCUGACUUCACACAGCGAAAGCGUGAGCGCGCCGUCUUCCUAUCUACCAGGCUCAAGGAAUUCUCCGACGAAUACCACGAACGCAAGUCCCGAGAGGCAUCACAAGCGGACUCCCUGGCGUCGUUCGGGUCUCCACGCAUCCUCGCGCGUUCCAACAGCAUCACAGACGAACUGCUCACAACCACCUCCACCCGCUGACUGCCCUCGUGGGCUUAGGACCAAUUAAUUUAUAUACGGAUACUUACCGAGUAAUAAUCGUAAAACUUUUUAAAAGUUGUCAGCACAAAAAAAAAAUUCAAUGACAGUGAUAGAAUACACUAAAGCUCAAAUUCAGUAAAAGCAAGCCUUGACUAGUUUUUUUUUUUUUUUUGUUUUUGUUUUGGCAACUUUUAUUAAAAGUUCUACGUCAAUACUACCCCACUUUCUAUUUUUUUUCAUUACUCCCAUUUUCUAUUUUUUUUUUCAUUUUCAGAUUUUCUAAAUUAAAUUUAAUAAAACAAGCUAUAAAAAUAAUUAAUAUUUAAAAUACGAAAUUGUUAUUUAAAUUUUAAUUAUUUACAAUUGUUCGUUGUAAAUAGGUAAUUCAUUUUUGAACUAACAUAGAUUUUUUGAUUCGACACAAUAUAAUUUUAAGAAAAAAUCAAUAAAAGCGAUGUAUAUUA